UCAGAAAGAGCCCGAACUCAUUCAACAGAGUCUCUAGAUUGACAGCUUUCCAACUUCCACCAUGUGUGCUGCCAAAAUCAAAGCUUCCGUCUUGUACGGCCCAAAAGAUCUCCGCCUGGAAGAACGCCGCCUCCCAGCUCCUGAAGAAGACGAAGUUCAAGUCGCUAUCCAAUCCACCGGCCUCUGCGGCUCUGACGUGCACUACUUCCACCACUUUCGCAAUGGCGACCUUCUUGUGCGCCAGCCGCUGACGCUGGGCCACGAGUCCAGCGGCACCGUUGUCGCUGUUGGUGAGGAAGUCAUCGACCUCAAGCCGGGCGACCGGGUCGCGCUCGAGGUCGGCUUGCCGUGCGAGCACUGCGAGUACUGCGAAGGCGGCAGAUACAACAUCUGCAAGGACAUGAGGUUUCGGAGCUCGGCCAAGUCCUAUCCUCAUGCGCAGGGGACGCUGCAGGAGAGGAUCAACCAUCCUGCGCGAUGGACUCACAAGCUCCCGGAAUCCAUGUCUCUUGAUCUGGGAGCUCUCGUCGAGCCUCUCUCCGUCGCCAUGCACGCCAACCGCCGCGCCAACCUCCCCCCUGGGUCCGCCGUCGUCGUCUUCGGCGCCGGAAGCGUUGGUCUCCUGACCGCGGCCAUGAGCAAAAUCAACGGCGCCUCUGCCGUCGUCAUCGCGGACAUUCAAAAGGACCGCGUCGAUUUCGCCAUCGACAACGGCUUCGCAGACACGGGCUUCGUCGUGCCAUUGGUGAGGCCGCAGUCAAUCGACGAGAAGCUCAAGUUUGCACAGGAGGUCGCGAGGAUGGCCCGGGCUGCUCGAGUGAAUGGCGAGUCAGUUGACGAGUUUGGAGCUGCGUUUGAGUGCACGGGCGUGGAGGCUUGUUUGCAGAGCGGAAUCUACGCAACCAAACCCGGAGGAAAAGUAAUGAUCAUUGGCAUGGGUACGCCGAUCGUUGUAUUGCCCAUAGCUUCGGCCUCCCUUCGAGAAGUCGACCUCGUGGGCGUCUUUCGAUAUGCCAGCACGUAUGCUGCAGCCAUCGAGAUGCUGGCCAACAAGCCGCCAGGGUUGCCCGACUUGGAGAAGCUCGUCACUCAUCGCUUCAAGGGCAUGGACGAGAUCAAGCACGCGUUUGAAAUGGCGGGCAACAUCAAGGACGAAGAGGGCAAUCUGGUCAUCAAGGUUGUGGUAGACAUGUCUUAG